AUGCAGAGGCUGACAGAGAAAGCAGAGCAGGAGAAGCUGCGCAUGGAGCAGUGCGCCUCUGAGCUGCGGAGGACCAUCUCGGAGCUGGGAGAACUGGUCCGGGAGACAAAGAAGAGGGAGAGGUUGCUGGUGUUGUACCCAGACCUUCAUGUCCCUAUGGAGGCACACUUUGAAGGGACCAGGGACGUCAUGGAAGACAUGGGGAAGCAGCUCCGGGCCAACAACAUCCGGAUCAGCGUCCUGGAGGAGGAGAACACGCGGCAGCGCGCUGCCCUGGCCAAGAUGGAGGAGGCAACGCUACUACGGGAAGAAACAAAGGGUCCCAUGGCGGCCGGCAUUCCAGGGGAGUGGCGAUGCGGCACCCUCCCGUCACGCCACCCGGAAGCGCGGUCAGGUGGGACACGGCGCAGUCAGCAGCAUCAGCCGCCAUCGCCACUGCCUCCCAAAGGACCUUGGGCAACCCUCAGCAAAGCCAUCUUUCAAGGGAGGCUGCCUACCAAGCCACCACGUUUACCUUUGCGUACAGAGGAUGUGUCCUAG